AUGUCGACGACCGACACUUCCACAUUGUUCGCGGAGGUCUGGGCAGAAUAUGGCAUCAGCAUAUGCACCCAUUUUCUGCGCUUCUAUGCCAGAUGGAAGCUUUUUGGCUUCAAGAACUUCGACAUUGGAGACGCCUUUGCUGGCCUCGCCAUGAUAUUUUACACGCUCGAGACCGUUGGGAUAUAUUUACUCACGAGCUAUGGCAACAACAUUGGACUUAAUGAAGAGACAGCAAUGGCAGUGCCGGACAACAAGAUUGCAGAUCUGACCUUGGGCUCGAAGUUGGCCUUUAUGAACUGGAAGUGGUACAUCAGCCUGAUCUGGUGCCUCAAAGGUGUGCUGCUGACGAUCUAUGUCAAGCUCGGGACCGGCGUUGCGAGACAAGAGCUUGUUGUCAAGUUCAUGUGUCUCUUCACGCUCUCUACAUGGAUCGCUUGCAUCUUGACACAUACGCUGAUUUGCAUUCCUGCACACAAGAGCUGGCAGAUCAAGCCAUAUGCAGGAGACAACUGCACAGUGCGCAAGCCGAACUACAUCGUCAUUGCGGUGCUCAACAGUCUUACUGAUAUGGGCAUCAUCAUGGUUCCAAUGCCGUUGCUGUUCAAGGUCAAGGUACCUUUGAAGCAGAAGAUUGCGCUCAUCCUCCUAUUCUCGCUCGGCUUCUUCGUCAUCGUUGCGACCAUCCUGCGAGCGUACUACUCCCUCAAAUCGCUCGAUACUCUCAUGAUUGCCCUCGGAUGGGCCAGUCGCGAAACCUUCGUAGCUACGAUCGUCGCCUGCGCCCCCGGUAUCAAGCCCCUCUUCAGCAGCCAACGCUGGAAAUGGGGCACUUCAGACCAUUCUGGCAACAAGUCGAGCAGCAAGUACUAUCACUACGGUCUAUCUGGAAAAGGAACCGGCAGCGCAGCAGACCCGAACAUCCACGUCUCUCGAUCAGUGGACGUAUACACUGAACACGGCAAAGCAUCUCCAUACGACUUUGAGAUGGGUAAAUGGAGGGGCAAUCGACCAGCAAGCUCCACCGAGAGCGAUGAAAGAGUGAUGAUUGGGGAGGACCAGUCUGAAAACAAAGGCGAUGCGGAUAACAGAAGUGGUGCGCUCUUCUCAGCUGAGCACGUUGUGAAGCCAAAAGCCCAGGUAUAG